AUGAUAUCAGAUUCGCUUAGCUAUAUUGUUCCUCCAUAUCUACAAAAUACUUUUGUUGGGUCAAAGUUACAACAUAGUGUGGCAGAUAUUAAUGAACGAUUGAGUAUAAAGAAUAUCGUAAACUCAGAAUCGCCAUAUUUCCUAAAGGAAAAGACUCAGGAUGCAAAUGCAAAAAGCCCUGAAAAUGCUUACAAGUUCUCGUCGGACCCUGUUCGUAAUCAAAUAAUCAAAGAGAAGGUUCUAUAUAAGCUAGCUAUCAUUGGCGUACUCGGUACGAAUCCUAUGGAGUUUAGUCAAUACGACGAUAAAUUUGUUUACGAGAUGUUUGAAAUUUUUGAAUCUCGAUUGAAGAGAACAGGUACGGGUACGGAUACGGAUACGGGUACGGGUACCCAGAAUGGCGAGAACAAGGAUAGGGAAAAGGAUCCAAUGGAUGGGAAACCCAUUGAGAUGCCGCGUCUGGUUCUCACGUCUGACACAGUUGGCGAGGUUCUGUUUGGUGAACUCUAUAACGAUCCUCGUUUUAUUGACGAGAAUGACAAGCUUGCAAUAUUUAAACCUUUUGUUUUCAUGAGCUCAGAUAUCUUAUCUCGCUUGCUUAACAUCAGAGACCGUGAGAAAAGGCCUAAUCGCUUGAGACCAAGAGCCUUGGUUGCCUCUGAUGGGUCAACAGUAUCUCUGUACCUGCUACCAACGACUUGGUCGCCAUUGGUCCCGAGCCCCCAUUUGGACAUUUUGCGAAACGAUUUGAAUUUGCAAAUGGAAAACACAAAUGGUUACUCAACCAUAAGCUUAAAAGUCGGCGAACUUAGUGACAAAGAGAGACUUGAACAGCAAUCGGUCGAGGAUCGGCACUAUAACUUUAUAACAGAUCAGCCAGUACCAUCAUCAACCGGUAUAUUCUAUUACGAAAUUGAAGUUGAGCAGACAGCUACGCAAUCAACAAAUUUCUUACCAUUGCUAUACACCGCCGAUCCGUCAGUGAGCUCAAAUUCGUCUUUGGAUCUCCUAGCAGGGUUUACUAAAAGGUUUGUGGCCUAUGAUUCUCUUAAACUGUUGUCCUCUUCUACCAGCUCCCAGCAAGUUUUGACGAUUGACUUGGAGAAGAUUAAGCAAGCAGUAUUGACCAAUGAAACUACCAAGGGAUUUUCAAGCGCAGAUUUGAAACUUCUUUUAACAACAAAGCCUGGCGAGUUUAAAGGAAGCUUUGCAGUUAGUUAUCAAGAUUCUAGCUUUCACAAUUCAAUCAAAGGUUCUGAAUCCAUAGCAAGGACUCAAAUUCUUAACAUGAAUAGAAGGUUGAGUACGGUUAGUAGACUAAAUAAUGCUGAAUUAGAUAGUGGAAAAAUUGAUGUUGGGGCUCCUUUAAAAACAAAUGUGCAAAUGGUUUCUGAUGAGGAAAAGGUUUUCAAGACUGAUGUGAUUGGAUGCGGGGUGAAUUUUGUCAAUAAAUCAAUCUUUAUAACUUUGAAUGGAGUACUUACCACGGUCAUAACCGAAGCCGAAAUGGUGUUGAGCCACUCGAACUUGAAUGAUUUAUUUGAGGUACCAGAAAAGCAAAAUAAUAAAAUUGUUGAGAUUUACCCCAUGAUUGGGUUUAAGUUGAAUAAAUUGGAUUUAUCUGAUGAAAUGCACUCUUUUCCUUGGAGCUCGUGUCGGAUAAUUACAAAUCUAGGCUUCAAGGAGUUCAAAUUUGAUAUAAAUAACUAUAUCAACAAGUUUAAACACGAGAAUCAAAAAUUCAUUCAUUUGUCUUUGUUGGAUAAAAUGAGACAAAACAUUACAACUAGUGAGCAAGAUGAUAUGGCUAAUCAAGUUGAAAACGCCUUGUUGAACUCAGAUGAUGACUCCCGAACUUUGAAUAAGUUGAUUAAACAGCACUUGAAUGCUCAAGGCUUCAUGGACACAAUAAAAUCUUUUACCAAAGAUUUGAAGGCCUUGUCGAAGAACGGGAAGACAAACGGUGAUGAUGAUGGUGAUAAUGGUGAUGGUGAAGAAGAAGAAGAAGAAGAAGAAGAUGAUGAUGAUGAUAGGCUGGACCUAUCCCAUGAGGAUGAAGAGCUACUAAAGAAAACGAAUGCUUCGGAUAGGCAGAAAAUUAAAAACUUAAUGCAUGCUAAUAAGUUUGAUGAGGUACUUCAGUUUUUCGAAAAAGAGUAUAAAUUGUAUUUUGGGUUGGGGUUUGGAAGUGAACUUCGCUUUAAAGUGAAGAAACUUGAAUACAUGUUUAGGUUAAAAAGGUACUUGGAGAGGAAGUUAAACCUUCAGAACUACGAAUUUGAAUUUGAAUUUAAUGAAAAUGAAAGGGACUUGUACCACCAGGCGAUUGAGUGUCGUAACAAUAUUCUAAAAGAGUAUCCUUCCGGAUACAGGAGAAUUAAGAUGGAUGAGCUAUCUUCGCUUCUUUUUGUGGAACUGAAAGAAGAUUUGGAAAAAUUCCCCAAGGCAAAGAGAUUGAUUGAUGAUUACGAAAUGUAUUUAAACAAAGUACUCACUAUGGCCAACGACUACAUUCUAGACGUUUCCAAAUCGCAAUCACGAUCAAGACUCAAGGAAGUUCUUGUGAAUGUUGGUCGCAAUGUACAAGAAUUGGUUGAAAAGCAGAAUGACGCUAGAUUCAUGUUGGUGAACUUGGAGAAAGAUUAUUACAGUAUAUAA